AUGGUUCUACAGAAAGAGGGAAAAUGGGUGAAUAUGGAUGAAGAAGUUGGAAGGGUUCCUGGUGGGAAUCCAAACGUUUCUAAGAAACCAAUGGAUCAACGCCUUUUAAGAGGAAACCUCGCUCUAAAGACCAGUAUGGUGGCGAAACUUCCUAUAAGAGUUAUUCAUCAUUGGGAAUGUUUCAAUAAAAAUAAUAAUGGUUUGAAAGGAAGCAAAGGUAGGCACUAUAAAUAUGUGUACGACGGAUUGUAUUUUGUGGCCUCUUGUCAACAAGAAAGGGAUGACAAUGGACUAUUGGUAUUUAAGUUCUGA